UCCUUCUCCGUUCUUUCAAGAUCCAAAGUUUCUGCAUUUUUUAAAUUUAACUAAAAGUCGAAAAUUUCUCAUUUAAAUAAAAAUUUGUUACAUAAGGUUUACCGAGAAAAUGGGUAUCUGCAAUUCUUGUGAAUCUACUCACGUUGCUACUGCCAAAUUAAUUCUCCAAGAUGGAAGGCUACAAGAAUUCUCGUACCCGGUUAAGGUUUCUUAUGUUUUGCAAAAGAAUCCGACGUAUUUUAUUUGCAACGCCGACGAAAUGGAGUUUGACGACGUCGUUUCCGCCAUAAACGACGAUGAAGAGCUCCAACCUGGACAGUUAUAUUUCGCUUUGCCUUUGAGUAGGUUAAGGCAUCCAUUGCAACCGGAGGAAAUGGCUGCAUUGGCAGUAAAAGCUAGCUCCGCUUUAAUGAAAAGUAAUGGUGGUGAUAAAUGUGGGUGUGGCCGGAAGACGGUGUCCCCAUUGGUGUUUUCCGGUGAUAGUGAUCUGAAGUCUAAGAGAAGAUUGGCAGCCUCCGCUGGUUCUGGCGUUGGUGGCGGUAGGAGAGGUAGUGGUGGUGUGGGUGGCGGAAGGAGAAAGUUUUCGGCAAUGUUAAGUGCAAUACCUGAGUAGGGGUAGUUUAGGAAAUGAAAGAAGGGUAUGAGUGUAAAUAUUGUAAUGAUGAGGGUUCAUUCUGAAAACUUCUCUGUAGGAUUGGUCUUAGUGAUGUGAUUAGCUCGAUUGGUACAUUACCUUUGGCUGUCACCCAUUGGAGGGUCGUAUUACAAUUUUACCCCUAGAUGAGUCGAUGAGCUUAUAAAUUAUAUAAUCAUUUUGUUUUAUUGUAAAAUAUUGUUAUCAGCCUAAUCAAAAUCAUGAAAGCUCCAUUGAAUUUCUGCGUA